AUGGACACAGACACAGGCAUGCACCAAAACCAACACAACAACCAACAGUUCAAAAUCCAGCACCACAACCAACAGUUCAAAAUCCAGCACCACAACCAAAACCAGCACAACAACCAACAGUUCAAAAUCCAGCACCACAACCAAAACCAGCACAACAACCACCUCCACAACCAGCACCACAACCAAAACCAGCACAACAACCACCUCCACAACCAGCACAACAACCACCUCCACAACCAGCACAACAACCACCUCCACAACCAGCACCACAACAACCACAAACAGAGCAAGGACAUAAAAGAAGUAGAGAAAAAGGAAACCAAGAAUUCUUAA